AUGUACCUUGGUCUCAAGACUGGCUGGAACUUCGGGGCAUCCCUAUUCGGGUCUAUUCUUGGCUUCGCCAUCCUGAAACCACUUUCAAAAGCCCUCCCGGAGAAGCUCGGAGGUGGCUAUUUCGGCCCCAAGGAAAACGUCGUUUGUCAAUCUGCUGCAACCUCAGCUGGUUCUCUCGGUCUCUUGUUUGCUUCCGGUUUCCCGGCAGCCUAUCAACUUGGUCUUCUCAGCGCGAGGCCUGCCGACGAUAUUGGGCGCCUGAUCACCUUCACGUUAUGCUGCGCCUAUUUCGGCAUUUUCUUCACCAUGCCGCUUCGUCGCUUGUAUGUUUGCAAGCUUAAGCUCAAGUUCCCCAGCGGUAUUGCUGCGGCAUUCACCAUCCGCUCGCUGCACGUUGGCAAGAACGCCGCUGCGAUGGCCCGGAAGAAGACGUGGGUGCUUAUCUAUACGUUCUGCGUCGCCAUCGUCUGGAGGGUGAUAUCUGAGUACGCUCCCGGUAUUCUCUGGGACUGGCAUUGGUCCUGGUGGUUCUACUCUGCCGGCUGGAAAUGGGUUGCGUGUAUUGAGAGCUGGGGCUGGAUUUUCGAGCUUACCCCGGCUUUCAUUGGCGUCGGUCUGAUCAUCCCCAUGAACUCCGCCGCCUCCUUCGCUGGGGGUGCCUUCCUUGCAUGGGCUAUCAUGGGACCAGCACUGGUUGCCACCGGCAAGGCCUUUGGCAGCAUAAUAUCUCCUGAUGCCCCCGAGUACAUCAAUUACUCCAACAUGCUUCUCGAUGACCCGGUCAACGCACCGUCUCCCAAGUAUUGGUUCAUCUGGCCGGGAUGCAUGGUUCUCCUCUGCGCGUCGCUUGCCGAGAUCGGCGCGAACUGGAAGUCCCUACUUGCGUCCUUCAGCAUGAUGCUUACGCCUGUGUUGGAGAAGAUUCGCCCCCGCAAACAGCGCGAAAUUGACCCAGAUGCGGAGAUCUACGAUCCUGCACCUCUCAACGAACAAGUGCCUCUUUGGCUUUGGGGCGGUGGAGUGCUUACUUCGACUGUCCUGACGAUGAUCAUUCUGAAGGUCCAGUUCUCCGUGAAUCCCGGAGUAACGUUAUUGGCCAUUGUCUUUGCCUUCAUAUUCUCCCUCAUCGGUGCUGAGUGUGCUGGUCGAGUGUCCAUCAUCCCCGUGACGACCCUGGGCAACUUCUCCCAGCUCAUCUUCGGUGGUAUCUCGAAGGGAUCUGGGCUGUCUCCUAUGGAGAAUCAGCUCAACAAUGGUCUCACAGGCAUGCUCGCCGAGGCUGCCUCCUAUCAGUGUGCAGACAUGCUUAACGACCUCAAGACGACCCACCUUAUCGGCGCCUCCCCUCGCGCCCAGCUUUACGCCCAGUUGGCCGGUGCACUUGUAUCUAUCUUCCUCUCUUGUGGCAUGUACGUCGUCUUCACCACUGCAUACCCCUGCAUCAACUCCCUCACGGCCACUACCUGCUCGUUCCCCGCGCCUGAUGUUGGCGCUUGGCGAGCAGUUUCGGUGGCCGUGUCCGCCGGCUCCCUCCCUAUUCCGCUGUCUUCCGGCAUCACCGCCAUCGUAUUUGGUGUCUUUGUGCUUAUUCAAACCUACGUCAAGUACAAGUUCACUCCCGAGAAGUACCACGUGUGGUUCCCCAACUGGAACGCUAUUGGUGUGGCCUUUAUCCUUGGGCCCAUUAAUACCUACCCUUUGGCUUGCCUCUUCGGCUGCAUUGUCGCCACCGUCUGGAGGUGGAAGAGCCCAGCUGGGUUCGCAAUGUACGGCUAUGCCCUCGCUGCUGGCGGUAUCGCUGGCGAGGGCCUUGGUGGUAUCGUCAACGCCGUGCUCCAGAUUGCGAACGUCUCCGGUGCCUAUAAGGGCACCGCUGUCGGUUGCCCACUCAAUGCUUACUGCGGUUGA